ACCACAUUCGAUUGUCCUGACAUACUCGUUGUUAUCUAACGAAAAUGAGUGGAAGAGGCAAGACCGGUGGUAAGGCCAGAGCUAAGGCUAAUACUCGCUCAUCCAGGGCUGGACUCCAGUUCCCAGUGGGUCGUGUUCACAGGCUGCUCCGCAAGGGCAACUAUGCACAUCGUGUUGGGGCUGGUGCUCCGGUCUACAUGGCUGCCGUGCUCGAGUAUCUGACUGCUGAGAUCCUGGAGUUGGCUGGCAACGCUGCCCGUGACAAUAAGAAGAGUCGUAUCAUUCCCCGCCAUCUGCAACUGGCUGUGCGCAACGACGAGGAGUUGAAUAAGCUUCUUGGCGGAGUCACCAUCGCACAGGGUGGUGUAUUGCCAAACAUCCAAGCCGUGCUUCUACCCAAGAAGACCGAGAAGUCAAAGUAAAUGUACUCUGGUGAAUCCAAUUUAAAAAAGGCUCUUUUAAGAGCCACCCAAACA